UCCCUACUUAUAAGGGUUGAUUCAGGGUGUUACCUAGGUUACUGAAAGCCAAGUGCUGAAGCCCAAACAUUACUGUCCGGAAGCUCAUGGAAAAUGGACGUACUAUCGCAUUACAGCUCACCCGUUGUUGAAUUUCCGGCUACCCAGCCAUUGGAGAAGCAGUAUGCCCUGGUGGACAACUGCACGGGCACCGAUCCACCGCCUCCCAGCAAAGAUGCCGCCACGGGAACGCAGGAAAAGUUGCAUGUGGCCACACAAACGGAGCUACGACUAGCUAGCAGCAAGGAUGUGGAAUACGACGAAAGAGCUUUGGCCAAGUGGUUACGCCAAAUUUGUCCAAUGAUAGAGCGGGAGCUAAUGAAUCCCACUCCCCUGAUGGAGGAUCUGGCAAUGAUCCAGUGCCGGUUGGAGGAGGAGCUGCAGGUGUUCACCUACCAGAAGCUGGCAAUGGGUGGGAUGGAAAACUCGCAGGGACUGGCCAUUUGGCUCUGUGUCCACACCAACAAUGCUCCUGUUCUGGUGGCCACCACGGUGGCUCCCCAUGAUGACUGGUGCGAGCACGUGGAUCAGCAGCUCAAGCUGUUCGUCCCCCAAAGAAUGUCCAAUGGCAACCUGGUCAUCUACGCCGAAGCCAAAACUCUGCCCUUGAAAUCAUGCCUCCGAAGUCUGUGCACAAAUCCUUUCAACAAGAACAUGUUCGCGGGUUCCACCAUGGAUGGAGAGCUCUUCGUUUGGUUAUAUGAACAGGCGAGGGGUGCCGAUUCCAGCUUAGAUAUAAAACAGCUCUACGGUGUAUCCUCCACCCAGGGAGCUGCAGUUGCUCUCGACUGGCCCAGGGAACAGCUUCUGAUGGCUUGCUAUGCUAAUGGUAGUGUUAGACAAUGGGAUUUGAGCAGAAAGAUGACUCUGGAUUGGGAGUACUCCCUUCCCGCCACCAUUACCUCGGAGCCCACAGCUAUGGUGGCCCUAGGGCUAGAUGACUUUGUGCUGGGCACUAACGACGGUGGCGUCUACCGCUGCUGGAGCACUGGUCGUCAAGCGGCAGCCACCAAACAGAUCCAAUUGCUGGCCCUAAGGCGACAUCGUUUCAUGGUCUCCACGCUGCUCCGAACAGAGAUGGAAGGCAACCAGUUUGUCCUUAGCUGCGAUCUAAGUGGUCAGGCCUUCUAUCAUGACAUGCGACUUGUGGAUGAGGAUAUGGCCCAAUUGAUAGUCCAGAUCCCAUUGCCAUUCAAGAACGUGAUAGCCUGCAGUCGGGAUGGAAACAUCAUCUACUGCCCAGGUAGUGAUGGAGCUCUUGAAUACUACCGGGUAAGUGAUGGGGCCCAUGCCCAUGUCAGAGGAGGUCUUCGGGGCAAAGGCAGCCUCAUCCGAAGCAGUGACAAUGGUCGCUGGAUAAUUACCGGCCUCUAUGGAGAUGAGUUCCAGAUUUUCUACGUGGAGUAUUAAAGAGUCACUUCGGUUUUGUUCUCAGUUUGGAAAUAAUAUAUCUUAUAUUUGCAUGACU